CCAUGUGCCCGUUAUAUGUCGACUAUAAAAGAGCCGCUGUGCCUUACACACAGCACAAUCAAUAUCCAGACACAUUACAUCCAGACCAACUCAAACUCAAUCAUCAAAAUGCCUUCAAGCCAAAGAAUCAUGAUGACACCUCAAACCAAGAAGACAGGAAGGAAAAUCAAAGCUGGAAAUGCUCCUCCUGAAAAGCUUCCAGUUUAUGAGCCGAACAUCCCAGAGCCGACGUCCAGAGAGGAGCUGCUGAAAUACUGGCUCAGUAUUUCAUUGGAUGAACGAACUGCCAAUAAAGUGCUGUGGCUGACAGAGGGCGGGGCUAAAGUGUCCCGCAUGACGGAUGAGGUGUGUCCUUACCUGGACAGACCAGAGAGAUUUGACCACAGCCCUCAGGUGCUGUGUAAGGAGUCUGUCUGGGCGUCGCGCUGUUAUUGGGAGGUGCUGUACUCUGGCUGGGCGGUUAUAGGGGCGACAUACGAGGGUGCGGGGAGGAGGGCAGGAGACGGACCCUGUGGCCUCGGGGAGAACGAGGAGUCCUGGGGUCUGGGUUGGGCCGGAUCCUGCUAUGAAGCCUGGCAUAAAGGAAUCAACAGCAGGGUGGAGGACGCUCAUCAGUGCUGCACUAUAGGAGUCUAUGUGGAUCAGCCCGCCGGCCUGCUCUGCUUCUACGCCGUGGAGACAGAGCAAGAUUCACAGAAGAAACAAGUGAAACUUCUUCACAGGUUUAAGAAUCCCAUAAAGGAGAAAAUUCUGCCAGGAUUCUGGGUGGGAAGACAGUCCUCUUGUUUAAUACUCAACAAAGAGGAAUGAGGAGAACAGGUGACAAAAUCACACAACUGGACAGGGGUCAGGGAGAGAAAAUGUGGAUUAAAAAUGUAUAUAAUAAAUACAAUAUGCUGUAUGUAACAUGAUUUUACAGUUCAGACUGCUCUUUGGUUGCUGCGAAUAUAUAUGAUAUUGAGCUUUAAGUUUUGUUUUAGAGACAAACAUUAAAUUGUCUAAUAAUAAAGCUGGCAUUGUACAGUUUAUUGCAAUUGUUGGCUCUCUGAUGAAUUGCUUUUGUAAGUCACUUUAGAGCUUCAGUGCUGAAAUACACAGUUCACUUUGGAUUAAAGCUUCCUUUAUCAAACAUGAAA